GCAUCUGAGGCACUUACAUGCUCAUACUUGGAGGCUUCAACUGCAGUUCCUGGUUCAGAGCUGAGGAAGCAUGAGUCACUUACAAAACUUACUGUUAGACACCUUGCUGGGGACAAAGCACGUGGACAGUGCCGCCCUCAUCAAACUCCAAGAAAGGAGCCUGUGUGUGGCAUCACCAGGAUUUAGUGUAAUGCCAAGUGAUGUUCGAACACUUGUGAAUGGAUUUGCCAAAAACCCACUGAUAACCCGAAGGGAAGGCUUGUACUUCAAGGAAAAGGAUUACAAAUGUGUCCGGGCGGACGACUAUUCUCUUUAUGCUAAGAAUGAGAACACUGGUGUGGUUGUUGUGAAGACCCAUCUGUAUCUUCUGGUGGCCACUUACACUGCAGGCAUGUAUCCUAGCGUCUGUGUGGAGGCCACAGAGAAGCUGGGAGACUAUCUAAGAAAGAAAGGAAGCUAAACCGUUGGACAACUAGUGAAGACAACUUUAUUAUUUUGAAAGAAAGUACAGAUCCUUAAGAAAAAGUAUUUUGUGCUUAAAAACACUGAGUGGAAGACAAAAACAAAGACUGAGUUAAGGAACAUUUUUCUUAUUUCAAGUGUUCAUCAUCUCUCACCGGAAGGACCUGACCAGCUCGUUCCUUUUCUUUAAGCAUUGGUCACUGACUUGAAACCCGAGUGCAUUAACGAUUUUUCAUAGGACAAGUCUGCUGGGAGUCUCGCCUCCAAGUCCCCACACAUGCUGCCAGAUAUUCCAAGAAUACAGGCCCUAGUCUCCCCAUGUGUGAGCCUGACGCACAUUGAAGACAGAGGAGAGCUGUGGAGUUAGUUCUCCUCGUCCACCAUGUGAGUAGUGGGAAAGGGACCUGGGUCGUGAGGGCUGCUGGCAAGUGAACCCACUGAGCCCUCUCACCAGUGCCCCUGACCACUCUGUACCCAGGCAGUGUCGGUGUCAAACCACCUUAAAAAUUAAAGUAAUGCUUAGAAAAUCCUCUCAUUUUCAAGUUUUAUCUCACAACCUUUCUA